AUGCCUCUCAAUCCACAGGCCAUCUAUCCGGCCACCGACCCGGGAUUCAUUCAAUUCCCCAGUCGACGCAGCACCGUCCACAGCACCAAAGGCAUCGUCUCGUCCACCCAGCCGCUCGCCACUCAAGCUGGCGUCCGCAUCCUGCGGCAAGGUGGAAACUGCGCCGAUGCUGCCGUCGCUGUCGCCGCAGCGCUCAACAUGACCGAGCCCGGUAGCACGGGCAUCGGCGGCGACUGCUUCUGCCUCUUCUACGACGCAAAGACGAAAAAGGUGCACGCGAUGAACGGCUCCGGCCGAGCAGGCAGCAACGUCACGCUCGACACGAUCCGGCAGGACCUUAAGAUCGCGGAGGGCGAAAUCGGCAGCAUCCCGAUAAGGAGCGUGCACGCGGUGACAGUCCCGGGCGCCGCGGCGGGCUGGGUCGAUGCGAUCGAGCGGUUCGGCAGCGGACGUGUGACGCUGGCCGAGGUGCUGGCUCCGGCCAUCGAGCUGGGCGAGGAGGGCUUCCCCGUGUCGGAGCUGAGCAGCAGCUUCUGGCACAACGGCGAGCAGAUCAUCCGCGACGCGAGCCCCAACUUCGCCGAGAUGCUGAAGAAGGACCCGCAAGCCAAGGACGGCUGCAGGGCGCCGCGGCCCGGCGAGAUCUUCAAGAACCCGACGCUGGCGAACACGUUCAGGUUGCUGGGCCAACACGGGAAGAAGGGGUUCUACGAGGGGUCUGUGGCGGAGGCGCUGGUGAAGGUCGUGCAGGACCUCGGAGGGCGGCUGACGCUGGAGGACUUGAAGAAGCAUGCCGAGCUGGGCAGUGAGCCGGUGGAUGCCAUUUCGCUCAAGUUCCACGGACAGGGCGUGGGCGAGCUGCACAAGAAGCACAUGCACGACGGAGGCGAUGAAGGCGUGGAGGUGUGGGAGCAUCCGCCCAACGGCCAGGGCAUCGUGGCGCUGAUGGCGCUGGGCAUGCUGCAGGAGCUGGAGAAGGAGGGCAAGAUUCCCAGGUUCACGGCCCAGGACCACAACUCGGCAGAGCACCUGCACGCCGUCAUCGAGACGCUCCGCAUCGCCUUCGCAGAUGCGAGCUGGUGGGUGACGGACCCGAACGUGGAGAAGGUGCCGACCCAAGAGCUCAUCUCGCAAGCCUACCUGGCCUCGCGCGCGAAGCUCUUCAACCCAGCGCAAGCGUCAGACAUCCCGGACCACGGCUCGCCGGCGCACAACCACAGCGACACGGUGUACUUCUGCUGCACCGACAGCGAGGGCAACGGCAUCUCGUUCAUCAACAGCAACUACUGCGGCUACGGCACCGGAAUCAUCCCCAAAGGCUGCGGCUUCACCCUGCAGAACCGCGGCGCCAACUUCAGCCUGCAGCACGACCACCCCAACGUCAUCAAGCCCAGCAAGCGGCCCUACCACACCAUCAUCCCGGCCCUCAUCACCAACCCGUCCGACGGCAGCCUGCACUCCGUCUACGGCGUUAUGGGCGGCUUCAUGCAGCCGCAGGGCCACGUGCAGGUGCUGCUGAACAUGCUGGUGUUCGGCCACUCGCCGCAGGCCGCGCUCGACGCGCCGCGCGUGUGCAUCGGCGCGGGCAUGCCGGACCAGAGCAACAAGCAGAAGGUCAUUGACCGGACCGUGUAUCUGGAGGACGGCAUCCGGCCGGAGGUGGCCGAGAAGCUAAAGGCCAUGGGUCACCAGAUCGAGAUCGUCAAGGGCCACAAACGCGGUCUGUUUGGGCGAGGGCAGCUCAUCCGGAGCCAUGUGGAGGACGGGCAGACGGUGUGGAGCGCGGGCAGCGAUCCUCGUGGCGACGGAGCGGCAAUGCCAAUGUAA